GCCUCGUUGCCCCAAAACGAAACCAAGUACAGCUUAAUCUUGAACGAAUCGCGUCCAAACCGUUCUAAACACAACAAUAAUCAACGAAAAUGGACAUUAAAUUAAUUAAGAGUAUUUUUGAACGAUGACAUGACUGCAAAUUAUCUGUUUGAAAGUGACCAAAUUUAGUACACAUACUCAGGUAAACGAGUUUCAGUAAUCCAGGUGUAUCUCAAACAACAGAUUCAACUACAUUUGAUGAGUAGUUUCUGUCAGUUAACAAAAUUACUUUGAUUAGCACAGAGAGGCGGUGCAUCAUACGUGUUUAUGGUCUUUAUGGUCUAGUAUUAGGUGUUUACUAUGUUUAGUUAAUUGUUUACGAUGGAUUGGAAUGAAUGUGUGCUUUGAAUAUGAAGUAUACGACAGGAAUGGUUUUUAUAGCGUCUCCAUGCAUUUACGGUCAAAAUAAUUCAUUUUGCAUACGUCAUCGGGUUGCGAAACACAGCAAGCGUGCUACUUGCAAAAAAUUGUAGUAACAUAUUUUCUUUCCUGUUAGCGGGUGUCCACAGUACCUACCUACCAAGUGUUUGAUGGUGCCGUACUGAUCUUUCAUUGCUGUUUGAAUUGAGAGUCAUUUUAAAGGUUGUCAUUUAAAUUAAUUUAUUUUGUACCCAUUGUUUUUCUUCCUCUGAAACGAUGGGAUUUAUUUUAUUGACGUAGCUGGCUACCGUUCCGUACAUUCACAGCCUGCUAUCCUUACAGCAGAAGCAUAGUAGUAGCCAGCCGGCUAGCUCACUGUUUUGACAGCUGAGGAAACGAAAUGUUCUUGGAGCCCAGGGCCUCUGAACCUUUUCAAUCAGGUGGAUUUUCAGAAGGAACGUCCAACUACUAUGAUCAACACAGAGGCAGCACGAGAAUUUCAGACCAAAGAAAAGAAAUCCAGGAAAAAUCUGAAGAAAUGUUUAGCUUCUGCAUUGUCUGCAGACUUGAAGAGGCUGCUGCAGGAGGAGUUGGAGGCGGAUGUCAGGCUGUGUGCCCAGGGCUCAGGUCCCAGCUCACGCCCUCUCCUGGUCCACAGGGCUGUUCUCCUGGCCCGGGCCCCACACCUACUGAGGGGUGCUACUCCAGGCCCCAAUACCAUCCACCUGAACAACUAUGACAGCACAGAACUGACGCAGUUCAUCAGGCGAAUAUACACAUCAGACCAACGCAUGUGCUUGACUGGAGUCCCUGAGGGUUUGGCCCCUCCCCCGGUUGUCUUCAGUGGUCCCGAUGCCGACUCAGGAAACCCACACACUGACUCAGAUGGGGCCAUGGUUGUGGAGCCAGCGUCGGGUCUGGGAGCAGACCUGUUGGAGCUCUACCAGAGAGGAGAAGGAUCCGACAUCAGCAUCCAAGUGGGGGAUCAGAUGUUCUCCUGUCACAGGGCGAUCCUGUGUGCACGGUCUCAGUAUUUCCGAGCCAUGCUUUGUGGGCCGUGGAUGGAGAGCUCCAGACAGUGCAUCACUCUACAGGGAUUGGGUCCAGAUGAAAUGGACAUUCUCCUACAGUUCAUGUAUGGUGCCAUAUUAGACCUGCCACUCAGAGCUAGUGCCAGUCAGGUGGUGUUGGCCGCAGACAUGUUGGGUCUGGAGGGACUGAAAGACGUAGUGGAGAUGGUGCUGACCAGAGACUACUGCCGCUUUUUCCCUAAGACUUGUCUGUUUCCCCUGCUGACCAAAGCCUGUAGAUGGUGUUCAGAAGACCAUCCUGGAGUGCCUGUCCCUCACCCACACCCUGGGGCUGCCCAGCCUCCACACUCUGUGUAUGAGACGGUACAGAACGUUGUGAAUCUGCUGUGUGGCAGUGACCAGCUGCUGGGCAUCCUCCCGGAGGUCAAGUGGGCCAAACAGACCGUGGUGCUGGCCACAGAGCUGCAGGACCAGUGUCUGUCUUUCAUCGUCACCCACCUGGCCCGGGUGACACACACACAGGCCUUUCACAGCCUACGAGAGAGUGAGGAGUCAACCCGAGAGCCAGCCCUGUUGAAGAAGCUGUGUUCUGCCAUACGCGACAGGCUCACCGUGGACAACUGUUGUGACCUGUUUGCCACUGUGGACCACCUGGCUGGGGAGGAGGUGAAAGGAGAAGGGUCAGCCCUGGAGGAACGGGUCCACAGGGACGAGGAGCAGCCAUUCAGGAGAGAGAUUAGUGCGCUGCACACUCGGCUGUGGACCUUCCUGCUCCAGUCGUUCUACGCCGUCCGCCACACGCCGGGAUGGGAGACCCUGCCCUCCAAGCACAGAGACAGGAUACUGGCAGCUGCUCUUGAUAAAGGAGACAGUAGAAGACUUGGGAAAAAGCCAGUUUUUAGCAGCUCACAGCCAAGGGAGCUAAGAUGCCCCUUAGGUUCUGCAGCUUUGUGUGAGAGCCCUCCUGUCCAACGGACCAAUCGGGUCAUCAGAAACACUGGAACAGGAAGUUCCACUGCGGCUAUAUUGUCAGCCACCAUGAAGUCAGACGGGCUGGGGACGCCAGGCCUCCCAUCUACCACAGCCAGAGGGACCUCCAAGCCUGGAGAUAGCGACCCAUCCAAGGUAAAGAACAGCAAGGCUAAGCAGGCAGGUGAGCACCGGAGCACAACAGCCAAGGCAAAGACGGCAAGCUCUGUCACACCCAAACCAGUGCUGAAUGGUGCAGCUGCCCCGGGAGGGGCUAAGAGGGAGGGAGACGCUGCAAAUGGACCCAGAGGUUCCCCAUCGGGAGGAAAAGGGGCUAAAGACCCAGACAAGAGGCCAAACCCCGGAGCCAGGCCCAAGACCUCUACCUCGGGCGUGGCCUCAACAGCUCAGGCCAGGCCAGGGAAGCUGCAGAAGAGCAUAGCAGGGAAGAGUGACUCUCUUCAGGGGGCAGACAGCAGUACGGCCCAUCCUGCCACCACCACCCCCUCCACAUCCGGCAGCGCCUCGCCUGAUAACAGCUCGGGAAGUCCACGCAACAGCCACACCAUCCCAGGUCUUAAGCCAAAAACUCAGGUUUUGACCAAGGUUUUGACCAAAUCUCCACUGACGAAAUCCUCCCAGAAAACUGACAAUGCAAAGACCAACAGCCCUACCAAUAAGCCCAGUGCUAGAGAGACAAAUAAAGCAAAGGUCCCUGCUGCCGGAAGACCCACAGCUGGAGGAACAGGUGGAGCCAAAGCAGACACAAAGGGGCGGAGCACACCUACAGGCUCAGCUGACAACCACGUCUCCAGACCUGGAUCCUCCUUGAGUACCAGGAAGCCUGCAUCUCCCAGGAAAGAGGAGGAUAAGGACAGCUCCAAAGACUCCUCAGACAAAGUGGCCAGUAAGAGCCCUAAACCCAACACCACUAACACAGCCAAAUCUACAUCUAAACCAGCAAAAGCCGCCUCCAGCUCGGCUCCUUCCAGACAGCCUUCACUAGCAUUGGCCAAACCUGGACCGAAGCAGAAGAGUAUGUCCGAACCUCCUACGGGGAAAUCCCCCCUUAAGCCUGUUAAAAACUCUUCAGUUGUUUCUUCCAAAAAAACAGCUGUUAAAGAUAAAGAGGGCUCUAACGCUAAGACCUCAGCAGAGUCCCAGCAGGAUGACGACUCUGUCGCCGGAGCAGAGAGGCUCCCCUCGCAUUCAGAUCCCAGAGGCACGGCAGCACAGCCAGCGUCCGCAGACCAGAGCCCUGCUCAUCACCACACGCCUCCACCAGGGGAUGCACUUUCCUUACCCUUGAUCUUCAGUCCUAAACAGACUUGUCAGAAGUCUGCCAAGCGACCAGGUAAACCUAACGGCACCGGAGAAGCCAGGCCCCCAACCACUCAGCCGCUGCCGACCAACCAUGGGAACAGCCUUGUAAAUGGGGAGCCCGCUGAGCCCACGGAGCGCACGCCCGCCGGUAAGCCCGGCCCUGGCCCGGCCACGGACCUCCCGCUAGACACGCCGACCCCAGGCAGUCUGGGCAGCACGGACACCCCGCUGGACGAGUCGUGGAGCGCCCUGCACCACCAGGUCAGCCCCGAGUCGGAGUCCGCCAGCGCCACCACCUCCUCGGACGACAUCAAGCCCCGCUCCGAGGACUACGACGCCGGGGGUUCGCAGGACGACGUGGACGACUGCUGCUCCAACGACCGCGGCGGAUCCAAGGGGGGCGGCACCAUGCGCUGCCACGACUUCCUCGGCCGCAGUAGCAGUGACACGAGCACGCCCGAGGAGCUGAAGAUGCUGGAUGGCGGGCUGCGGGUGGAGGUGAGGCUGAAGGGGCGCGAGGUUGAGACCACCAGCGAGGAGGAAGGGGUCAGGCGGCGGCCGCGCUCCUGGCUGAGCAGGGACAGGGAGGAGGUGCCUGUGGAGGAAGUGGAGGCCAGUGUUACGGGGAAGCCAGUCCCCGACAGCCAGCUCUUCUCUUCCGAGGAGUCCGAAGAGUCCGAGGAAGAGGAUGAGCGGUCAGAGGUGGAGGUUCUUCCAGGUAAUCCGGCCCCUCCCGCUGACCCCUCCCCUCAGUUCCAGGGCAUUGUAAACCUGGCCUUCGAGGACCCAGCCGACCCUGACCCAGACGACGAGCAGCAGCCGGACUACCAGUCGGCCUCGAACUUCCGGCGCUCCGUUCUGAUCUCUGUGGAUGAGUGCGAGGAGAUGGGUUCUGAGGAGGGCGGGGCACAGACUCCGCCCCAGCAACAGCCUGACGACGCCCUCACACCUUGUGAAGUCUUUGAGAGCAACCCUCUUCAGGCCCCUCAGUCGGCCCCUGGCUCCGUCUCUCACUCCAGGGGCAACUUGACAUCUGGUCCACCCACGCUUCGGCAGGGACAAGCAAACGACCAGGAAGCCAACAGCAAAAACAUUGUGUUCCUCACUGAGCUCCGGGAUCCUUCUUUAGAUCACCACAGCCCCAGCACGUUGAAAGGUGUCGAGGGCAGCCCUGGUUGCCCUCCCCUGGACCCUGAUCCCGCUGGCCUGACUCCCCAGGAGCGGGAGAGGCCCUGCCACUUGGACCUCCGCCCUGCUAAACAGUACAGCAAUGGAGGACCACCAUGUAGGACCACCUUGACCAAACCUAGCCAAGCGUCUGUAGAGAACAAGAGAGCAGACUUACAUCUAGAAUUAAAUGACCCUCAACAGACAGGGGCGUCUCCUGCACAUGCAGCUAUCCCACAAUCCCCACCAGGGGACAUUGAGGGACAAUGUGACAGAUUGGAUCAAACAACACCAACCUGUACUCAUGACCGCCGCCACUCUAAAGUCCUCUCUCCCAUCUACGAACUGGACGUGGGAGAAGCCUUUGAGCGCCUCAGCUCCUCGGAAAACAACAAGGGCAGGAGCAGGAGGAGCACAGUGGGGCAGGAGGAGGAGCAUAACGACAACCAUGAAGAUUACAAUGAGGAAAGCUGUAGGUUUGCAGAGUGUGACUGGAGCAUGCUGAAGCAACUCCUAUCAGACCAGGAGUCCAGUCUGGGUGUGAUAAACCCAGUCCCGGAAGACCUGAACCUAGCCCAGUAUCUGAUCAAACAGACCCUGUCCCUAUCCCGGGACUGCCUUGAAGCCCAGCAGAUCUUUCUGCCCAAUGAGAAGGAGACAUUUAAGCGUUGGGCGGAGCUCAUAUCACCUCUGGAGGACUCCACAACCAGCAUCACAGUUACCAGUUUCUCUCCAGAGGACGCAGCGUCUCCGCAGGGGGAGUGGACCAUCGUGGAGCUGGAAACCCACCACUGACCGACUACACUCAACGAAUAGCCAUUGGAUCAACUUUGAGUCAGAAACACCUUGCUGAAAGAGUGACUGACCACCAACUUAAAGAAAUAAGGAGACACAAGACCUGUGUUACCUUCUCUCUGGAUUUACCUUACUGCAUUAUGUGGACUGACAU